AUGGAGGUGACUGCCAGGGCCCCAGGAGUGCUCCAGAAGGAUGCAAGGAGUUUUGCUCCAGAUAUAACGGUCAGCCUAACCUCUUCCCACCCUCCCCCCCCCCAAACUCUUGCCAGUUUCUUCCAUCUGCACCCAGUUGUCUCCAGCAUGGGGGAACAGAACCACUCUCCUGGGAAUGAGCUUCAGCACUGGACACAAUCAGAAACUCCUGGAAAGAAAAUCUGGCACUCCCAGGCCUACGCCCUUGGGGCCAUUUCCAAUUUUAUGUCUACUUUUCUGACCUUUCCUAUUUACAAGGUUGUGUUCCGGCAACAGAUCCAUGCUAUGGCAGUGUCAGAGGCUCUGCGACAGCUUUGGCAUGAAGGCCCCCAGUACUUCUCGGGAAUCUACCCACCUCUUCUCUCCAAGACGUUGCAAGGGACUCUACUGUUUGGGACUUACGAUAGCCUGCUGUGCUCUCUCUCCCCUGAUGGUCCACACUCCCUGGGACACCGCUGGGCUGCGGGGCUCAUGUCUGGUGUUGUGGAGGCUGUGGCACUCAGCCCCUUUGAAAGAGUACAAAAUGUGCUCCAGGAUGGUCGCAAGCAAGCUCGCUUCCCUACCACCUUCAGCAUUCUCAAGGAAUUCAACUCAUAUGGGCUUUGGGGGCGGCUGUCACUAGGCUACUAUCGUGGUUUCUGGCCUGUUCUUCUCAGGAACAGCCUGGGGAGUGGUCUGUAUUUCUCCUUCAAGGACCCUAUCCAGGAUGGCUUGGCAAAGCAAGGGCUACCCCACUGGGUUCCUGCCUUGGUGUCUGGGAGUGUCAAUGGAACGAUCACCUGCUUAGUUCUCUAUCCUCUGAUUGUGCUGGUUGCCAAUAUGCAGUCCCAUAUUGGCUGGCAGAGCAUGCCCAGCCUGUGGGCCUCUGCCUGGGACAUGUGGGACACUCGGGGCCGAAAGGUGUUCCUGAUUUAUCGUGGAGGCUCCCUCGUCAUCCUAAGGUCCAGUGUAACAUGGGGCCUCACUACUGCUAUCCAUGACUUCCUUUCAGUGGGGGGAGGGAAGUCAGAAUGA